AUGAUGGUAAUUAAAGUUGAAGCUGUGAGGGCAUGCAGUCACUUCAUGGGGGAGCGACAACAAAGUAAACAGGCCAUUCAGCAAAUCAUGGCUCGGAGAAUGGCAUUGUUUAUCAACAAGAUAACCUUAAAUAUCCCUGUUCAAAAGGUUUUUUUUUGCCCGGGGGGUGGUGGUGGUGGUGGUUGGGGGGCGCGGCGGAAACCAAGACAUGUUGGCUUUGGAGAGAAAAGAAAGGUGAUGCUAAGAGGUACAGACCUAACGAGGGGAGCCCAUGACCCAUUUCAACUGACCCCUGAGGACGAGCUCAAUGAUCUAGCCAG